GUUGUGUAUGAAGACUGUGGCCAGCUUUAGUAGCACGCGGUUGAAUGUUGAAUUUGAAUAAAUAAAUCAUCAGUCAGAGUCAGAGUGUCAGAGGCAGAGCCUACAACACAGUACACAGUGUAGUACAUAACCAAUAACAAGGUCAGAUGUGGUACGCAACUAGAUAUGUGAUUUUGGUAAAUAAUAACGACAGUAAAAUUAACUUGAAUGUUGGAUUAAGUGUGGAUAUAGUGUACUAAAGAGCCAACAAGUAAAAAUCAUGAAAAAUAUAUCUACUAUAGCCGCAGUGUCAACAGGCUGCCUGCUAAUGCUUUUCGCUGGACUGUCUGAAGUUAGUUAUGGCGUACGUUUAUCCCGGCUUUUAAGUGAAGAAGAAUAUUAUUAUUCCUUAAUUACUAUAUUUGUAAUAUCAGCGAAAGUGGGAAGUAUAAUUGGAUCACUGGUAUAUAGUAUUUUAGCCGAUAUUAUUGGCAGAAAGUACACCAUAACUGCCAUUUGCGUACCAAUAGUAAUAUCAUCAAUCAUUUUUCAAAUUACUUCAGAAUAUGUAGUGGGUUGUGUAGCACAUUUUCAAGCAGGUUUCUCAAUUGGUGGAAUUUUUUCAGUUUUACCUGUUUAUAUAGGAGAAGUGGUUACAGAAGGUUCCCGAGGUAGAUUAAUUGCUGUUUUUUGGCCAGCAUUUGCUUUAGGGGCAUUUUUAAUACAAUCACAAAUUUUAAAGAUUUUUGGAGGUAACAUAGAAUUUUCUUUUACCAAUUACACCUCUUCAUUUUUGGGCUUUCUUACCACCAUUUUAUCCAUAACCGUAUUACUUGAGACUCGUAGAAAACAUUUUGUAAAUCCAAGAAGUAUACCCCUAAACAAGCAGUUAGAACUAAACGAAGUACAAGAUGAGAUUUACGAAAAUUUCACCAAUAUACAAAAUCAUGUUGACAUGGAAGCUAAGCACUCCAUUUUUGGAAAACAUAAAUGGCUUAAACCCAUGUUACUAAUGGUGUUACUUUAUAUUCUUAGUUUACUAUCAGGAAUUAAUAGUUAUACUUUAUACAAAUAUACAAUUAACGAAUAUUACAAUCCUCGAUGGAAAGCAUUCAUUAUAAGUGGUGCGCAGCUGGUGACUUCAUUUUUUAUUGUAUUUUUAGUCGACCACUUUGGCAGAAAACUGUGUCUGAUGAUAUCUUUUGCAGGAACGGCGUACUGUUUAGUACUAUUCUUAAUACUUACUAUAUCUAAAACAGAUUUAUAUUAUCUGUAUGUACUAGUCUUUCUUAUGUUUCACACAGCUGUAAAUGUAGGUAUGGGUCCAAUACCUUUUGUACUCUUAGGGGAAAUCUUUCCUCGUCAUACAAAAAUGAUUUGUGUUGGUAUAUAUACAACCGUAACUUUUAUUUUAGAUCUGAUCUUACAAGGUCUUUCUGGGUAUAUUUUUAUACAAGAUUCAUUUAUAGAUGUCUAUGUUGCCAUACUUGUCUCGGCCAUAUCUGUGAUAAUUGUUAAAUAUGUCUAUUUCGAAACUAAACCUAAACGUUUUAAUGUAUUUUUUCUACAACCGUGUUAAAAAUACAAUCUUUAGCACUCCAUACGAGCGUUAAAAAUGCUACUUUAAGGCACUAGUGCUUUAAAAUGUGUAUGGCACUGCAGUUCGUAUUGACCGUAUAGGCAAUUUUGAUGUAAAUAAUUUUCUGAAAUUUCUGAAAAUAAUUUUAUUUCAUCGAAUUAUCAGUAGUAAUUGCACAAGAACUCUGAAAUUAUUGAAUUUUUCCCGAGUGACACUUUGACAGUUUUAAUUUCACGAGCCGAAGGCGAGUGAAAUUAUAUCAAAGUGUUACGAGAGCAAAAAUUCUAUAUUAAGAGUUCGAGUGCAAUUUGUUGCGAUUAUUUCAUGAAUAAAACUGUUCAAAACCAAAAUUUUAUUGCAAUUUAUUUAUGUAAGUACAAAUUAGUACCAUUAAACACACAGUUUUUAUAAAUAUUUGACGAUUUAAAGUCAUCACUUUUAUAAUUUUUAAAACAUUAAUUGUCAUUAAUGUCACUGAAUGUAUUUUUUCGUAGCAACGAAGGGCAUCUGACGUAAUAUACUUAACGACGGGAGAUUAUCAAAAAUUAUCGAUUUAAUUCAGAUUUCUGUAGCUUUCUAAUGGUCAGAAUCUCCUAUGAAUGAAAUAAUCGCGCUAAUUUCAUUAAAACAUGAAUACAAUAAGAUACAUUUGAAAUAAAUUAGUAAAUAAUAUCUAAAUAUUAGUUUAUUGCAUGUAUUAUAAUAUAUUAUAGUGCCAUGUUCUAAUGUAUUUUACUUUUCCGCACGCCGUGCGGGAAAAUUUACUUUCACGCACGCCGUGCGGGAAAGUUCAACUUUCGAAAACGAAAUGCGUGCGUGAAAGUAGCACUUUUAGCACGGCCGUAGAAAAAGAAUAUUGUAUGAUAUGCGUGUUAAAAAGUACAUUUUUAAGGCACUCAUAUGAAUUGCAGAACUCGCUUCGCUCAUUCUGCAAACUUUCACAUGCGUGCGUUAAACGUGUACUUUUAACACUUAUAUCAUAAAUAACUAAACUUACGUGCAUAGAAAUCGACCCACUUAAAAAUUUGUUCAUUUUUGAUGUCUCGUAUUUAUUAAAACUGUUGGCCGAUUUAAGUGAUUUUUUUAAUUUGGUAUAGCCUGAUUCUUUAACAAUAUCGCUGUGAUAAUAUUGUUGCUAAACAGGUAAAUUUUUAUUGUAUACCGGGUAUACGAAUCAAACUGUGUUUUUUCUCAAAGUUCUGCAUUACACUUUGGAAUAUUCCACCAUUUAUAGAAUACUGAAAUUAAAACUAUAGCAUCAGGUUUUCUUAACAUUCUGUUUUUUUAUUCAUUCGUUUUUGUUGGAUAAUAAGAAAGUUAGGUACUUUAACAACUCUACAUGUUCUUCAUCAAUACACGGUGUUUCUAAAUAAGUGGGGCAAACUUUAAGGGGUUGAAAGUGCAUGAAAAAAUAAUUACAGUUUGCUUUAUAAACGUAUCUUUACAAAUGUUUCGUUUCCGAGAUAGGGGAUGUUGAAUUUUUUCUUACAAACUGACGAUUUAUUUAUUGCUCUAAAACCAGUUCAGAUAUGCAAAUGAAAUUUGGUAGGUUUUAAGAGAUAGUUAUUGCGCAUUUUUUGACAUGCAACUAAGAAUUUUAUAUACACCAUUGGCGUGUAUACGGGUAAUAAAUAUGAUCGGUCAUAUUAGGCUUACAUCAAACGGCCAAACAUUUAUUACAAUCAAACGGUCAAAAUCAAAAUAGAAGACCAGUUAACUGAUAAAAUUGCAAUAGAACGAGGAGUACGACAGGGCUGUAUUUUAUCUCUACUACUAUUCAAUAUUUACUCUGAAUGGAUAUUUAAGGAAGCCUUAGACGGUUGUGCCAAAGGAGUAUUAAUAAAUGGUGAAUGGUUGAAUAACAUUAGAUAUGCAGAUGACACCAUAGUUUUUGCCAAUAAUCUCAAUUAUUUACAGAUAUUAACAAAUCGUAUAACAGAAGUCAGCAGCAGAUACGGACUAGCUCCUAACAUAAAAAAUACCAAAUUUAUGACAAUUAGUAAGAAACCAAUAUUAAACGCUCAACUUACAAUCAACCAACAGAAUAUCGAAAGAGUUGAGCAAUAUACAUAUCUGGGUGCGAAUUGAAAUAGCCAAUGGGACCACUCAACAGAAAUUAAACAGCUAAUAAUAAGGGCGAAAGCAGCAUACGUUAGAAUGAGACCCAUUUUUAACAGUAGAGACAUAUCAUUAAAAACGAAAUACCGUCUGUUAAAAUGCUACAUAUUCUCAGUUCUGCUGUACGGAAUGGAAGCAUGGACACUAACUGUUGCAUCUAUGAAUCGGCUCGAGGCUUUCGAAAUGUGGUGUUAUUGGCGCAUCUUACAUGUAUCCUGGGUUGACCGAAUUACCAAUGUGGAAGUCCUGCGUAGAAUGGGGAAAGAGUGUGAAAUUCUCAUAACCAUAAAAACAAAAAAAUUAGAAUAUCUGGGACAUGUAAUGAGAAAUCAAGAACGUUACGGCCUUCUCCAACUGAUUCUCCAAGGGAAGGUAAAUGGUAAAAGAGUACCGGGAAGAAGACGCAUUUCCUGGCUUCGAAAUUUACGUAAGUGGUAUAACACGACUACCACUGAACUGUUCCGCGCUGCGGUAAACAAAGUCAAGAUAGCCGCGAUGAUCGCCAACAUCCGGAACGGAUAGGCACUUUAAGAAGAAGAUAUUACCCUUAUGCGCGCUAAUGGUGAAUAUUAAGUUCUUAAUUGUAUGUCAAAAAAUGUACAAUAAGUAUCUCUUAAAACCUACCAAAAUUCAUUUGCAUAUCUCAACUGGUUUUAGAGCAGUAAAUAAAUCAUCAGUUUGUAAGAAAAAAUUCAACAUCCCGUAUCUCGGAAACGAAACUUUUGCAAACAUACGCUUAUCAAGGAAACUGUCAUUAUCUUUUCAUGCCGAAUUACCCCUUAAAGUUUAUCCCACUUAUUUAGAAACACCGUGUAUUGAUGAAGAACAUGUCUAGUUGUUAAAGUAACUAACUUUUUUAUUAUCCAACACAAACGAGUGAAUUAAAAAACAAAAUAUUAACAAAACCUGAAGCUGUAAUUGGGUUUUAAUUUCAGUAUUUUAUAAAUGCUAGAAUAUUGCACAGGGUGAUGUGAACUUUGAGAAAAAAACACAGUUUGAUUCGUACACCCGGUAUAUAGAGCUGGGCCGGGUACUGAUAAUUUGGUUCGGGUACAGAGAACCGGGCACUUUUCAUAUUUGAGGAACGAGUACAGAGUACCGAGUACAUUGCUCAAAAAAAGUACUCAGAGUACAAUACUCAAAGUACAACUACCCGAAUUUCUCGGGUACAUAUUUCGAGUACAUUUGAAUUUAGAACCCGAAAAAAGGUAAGAAUGUAAUAAUUUUAUCUCUGCAUAAUUAUCUAAACAUAUAUAUUUAUGAGUCAUGAAAACACAAAAUGACGUACAAUUUCGACGACAUAAUAAGUAUAAUACCACUCACACUCACUGAAUAAUUUUAUAGGCUUUUAAUAUAACUAAGCAUAAAGUUUCAUAAGUUCUUCAGAGCAAUUCUUCGAGGGCUAUUAGUGAUUAUGACUAGAGUUCGGGAAAUAUGCAAAAUACAUAUAAAGUGCAUAUCUGCAUAUUUUGGAUAAAUUUUAUAAGUGCAUAUGCAUUUAUUAAAAAUCCAUAUUUUGAGUUAUUUAUGAAUAACCGCUUUAAAACAUGCAUUUUUUCACGAAAAAUCAAAAUUUGUGAUCUUUGAUAACUUAAAAAGUGUUAAUUUAUUUUAAUAACUUUAUAUAACAAAUUUUCCUUAGAAUUUGUCCCUCUAUCUAUUUGUGGGGUUAAGUUGGAUUUAUAGUUUGACGUAGCAUGACGUAGCGUAGACGUAGACGCAACGGAGACGCACUGGAAAAGAUCAACACCGAAUUUUGUGUACUCGUGUUUAUAGAUGAACGCAAGCGCCUGACGGAACGUAAGAGAAACGUAACGUAACAUAAGAGAUGACCAACUUUCAUCUUUUACAGUGCGUUUCUUCCGUCUGGCCAAUCAUAAGGCAGAAUUUUGUUCUGUCACUCAAAGUGGACCCGCCCCGCCCCCUCAUUCCUUGUGUUGUGUAAAAAGUUGAUUGUCAACAUAUUCGAAUUUUGUUAAUUAUUUGUUAAUACAAUGGAUGUUAAGUUAUUAAUUUAAUAAAAAUAUAUCAUAGAGUCAUUUCAAUAUUUCAGAUAAAUAUGAGUUGCUUAUUAGCCUGAUUCGUGGUUAUCCACACAUAUUAUACGAUAGGUAAAUCCAAUAAACAUUUAAAGACCAGGAAAUGAAACAAAAUAGUUGGAAAUCCCACGGCAUGCGGCACCAAAGAGCAUACUUUCGUUUAUUUCCUAAUCCAUGUAACACACAAAACAGAUAAAUAUUAUAAUAAAUAAUAGUAUAAGUAUAAAUAAAUAAACACAAAGUUUGUUUACUGUUCGUAUAAUUUAUAGGCUAUGUUGUUGAAUUAGAAUUAAGUCAUUGUUUACUCUUUCUACUCAUGCGCAAAAAUUCCGCUACGUCGAUCUAUAAAUUGACAUAAUAUUUUCUUCCGUCUCCAGUCCGUUUCUUACGUCUACGUUGCGUCUACGUCUACGCUACGUCAAACUAUAAAUCCAACUUUAUUUUUAAUAAAGUAUUUUUCACCCCCAAAAAGGGGGUGGAAUCCACUCCCAGGGUAAAAGCGCAAGUUGGCACUAUUAAUUUCACUCUUUUUUAUUGAGGUAUCGUCUAACCAUUCACCAAUUUUCGUGAAAAUCGAUGGAGGUUGACUGAAAGCGAAGGUAAUAGUUGAUUUUUACCUUCACUGACGGCAAUAUGGAAAAGACAUUGCAAUUCAGUAAUCGAAAUGCGCAUAUUUUGCAAGGUCAUAAAUUAGUAAAUAGUCGCAAAAUAAUUAAUUUUUUAAAUUUUAAGUACAAUUCUCUCUUAUUACGAAUUAUUAUAUCCUCGAUACGAUAUAUUUUAAUUUUUCUCGACAUUUUUCUCUUGAGUUGAAUCAAUUAGAGUGUUGUUCUAGGAUCACUAUAAGCUCAAAAAUCUAAACUAUUAUCACUUCAAAAGCUCAUAAAUAGCUCGCAAUUCCGCCGCAACGAUCAAUUCAAUAUCUCUAUUUUUAAGUAGUGUGAGAGGUGUGCGUCAGCCCCCACAAAAAUAUUAAAUUUCUGCCCAGUGUAACGAGCCCGAAAUUUUUAAUCUAGGGUAUAUGAAAUCUCAUAAACAGCUAAGUAGUAAUUUAGCACUACUUAUAUUUUAAUCUCUAUAAGGUGAGGGGCCAGCUCAACAGGGGUGAAGUAUAAAGAAGUUUUUCCGCGUAUAAACAAUUAUUAUCGGAUAGACGGCACAGUUUUUCCCUAGAAAAUUUAGAAAAAUUUUUAAUGAUAUAUAGUUUUAACUUUAACAACAAUAUAAUAAAGAAUGAUGAUGCUGAAUAAUAUAAAGAGUACAUACAUAAAUAUAAUGAUGUAGAAAUUUCAAUAAAUAUUUUUGUGAUUAGCAUAAAAUAAAUUAAAUACUUUCAAUACAAAGAUUGCUGCGUUUUUUAUUUAUUUGCAUUAAGUGCAUGAAAGCAUAUUUUAGUGCAUAUUUCAACUGUUUUUUGUGCAUAUUUGCAUGCAUAUUUUAGGGUUUUUUAAGUGCAUAUUUCCCGAGCUCUAAUUAUGACAUAAGAGACUAGGCGUUUUCUUGACUUUGCGAAUGGACUAAUACUGAAACGGCGUUUUACAUGUUGUUAUUAAUUUGCUGUCCUAAAUGCAGCGACAAGUUUAGACUUGCAAAAAGUACUCGUAAAAUGUACUCGUAUACUAAAUGCGGGUACCGGGUAUUUUACCCAUACGCUACGGAUACGAGUACCGAGUACUUUAUUGGAAAUGUACUCGGGUACUGGGUACUGAAUACCCAAAAUGUACUUAGAGUACAAAAUUCGGGUACUUGUACCUGGGUAUUGCCCAGCUCUGCCGGUAUACAAUACAAAUUUACCUGUUUAGCAACGAUAUUAUUUCAGCUAUAUUACUAAAGAAUCGGGCUACAACAUGUUAAAAAAAUCACUUAAAUCGGCCUACAGGUUUAGGAAAUAAGAGACAUCAAAAAUUACCAAAUUUUUAAGUGGCCGAUUUCUAUGAACGUAAGUUUAUUAAAUGAAGUUAAAAUGAUGACUAAUUAUAAUAUUUAUUUAUUUGUAUAUAAAUAAGUAAUAAAUUUUUAUUAAGUAGAUUUUGCAGGGAGGUAAUAAGAAUAGAAUUGUAUAAAAGUUUAUAUUGAAAAAAUUAAAAAAAAAAAAAAUUAUACAAAAAAAUAUGUAUACAAAAAAAAUGUAUAAAAAAAUUAAAUCUUAUUAAAAAAAAAUAAAAAAUAAAUAAAAAAAAGUAUAAUAAAUUAUAAAAAAAAUAAAAAAGAGAAAAAAAAAAAAAAUUAAAAACACAAAGAGGGUGUAAACCUCCGCGGGGUUGAUCCGGGUUGAAGCCUUAUCGCUGUGUAAAAAAAAACAUAUAUUUAUUAGCAUUUAGUAUUAGUAUUUAGUAUUAGCAUGUAGUUUUUUUUGUCGAUUUAAUUAUUUGUAAAUUAAUUUAAGUUGGUUAGGGCCAUGAAUGAGGAGUAUACCUUCUGGUCAAUUUAAUGUUUCCACUUCUACAUAUGUAUGUAUGUAUGUGCGUGCAUAAGUAUUAUAUGUACGCACAUGUACCUAAUGUAUUAUGUAAUGCAAUGUAUUAUAUUUGGAAUAUUGUAGCAAACAGUAAUUUAUUAUCUAUCGUGGCUGAAUGGAUCAAUUAAUCCAAAGCCAAUAAGGAAGAAAAAAAAAAGUAAUAAAUUAUUGUUUGGACAAUUUUUUUUGUUUUAAUUAUAUUUGAUGUAAUAUAACUAUGUAUUGUAAUUGGA